GCCUCGUCCGCCUCUCCUUCACUCAGAACUUGGCAUCAGGAGGAGAAAGAAGAAAGCAAAACAAGCCGUCGUCGUCUCACUCGCCAACUUUGUCGUCAACGAACGAAAAGACGAAAGCCUUUGCAUUCCUUACAAGUCAGAUUCUUCAGCAGAAAUAAAGAUGUUGAGGUGGACAUUGGCCCUUUUGAUUGUCGGACUCGCUGCCGGUUUGGCAUUUGGGAUGCCUCCGCAGUGCAGUCCCGAAGUUUUGGAGGAGAUUGACAACCCUAAAAUUCGGGAGAUUUGCCAUUUUCUUCAAACCUAUGCUGAAGCUGUGGAAGGUGGGGCAGCGUUCGUCAAAGGUGGGUCCCAUUACCCCCUCGGUCUGAUUGACAAUGGGGUCAAGCGUCAGGACGUGGACCACGUUUUCCUCCGAUUUGGACGGCGGAGACGAUGAGGGGACGAUGCGGGGGACAGGAAGCUGAGGGGAGGAGAAGAAGAAGCAAUGAUGAAGACGCAACACCACCACCAACACCACUACCCUCACCAUGAUCCGUUAUAAUUUUAGUGUAGUUUCUAGAGCAGUGCUGGACUGUUUUAUAAUCCAGACUUCUUUUAGUCACAAACAAAAAGAAAGAACGUCACACAGAGAAUAAAUUUUUAUUCAUACUUUUACCGCAUUAACCACACCCCUUUCUUGGUCGGUGGUCUCUUUUGUAGAUGGUAUUCGCCUUACUUACAUAAAAGCUUCGUUUCUUGGUAGCAGCCAGA